GGCCCAGCACAGAGAGGGGAAGGACAGCAGAGCUCACACAUCACACAGCAGUGCUUGUGGGCGUUUCUGGAGUGGAAACUCUUCUCACAGAGGGAGGGACACAGCAGACAGCAGAUACCAUGGAGCCCUCCUCAGCCCCUGCCCACAGAGGGCAUGUCCUCUGGCAGAGGGUCCUGCUGGCAGUCUCACUCUUAACCUUCUGGAACCUGCCCACCACUACCCAACUCAGUAUUGAAUCAGUGCCAGUCAAUGCUGCAGAAGGGACGGAUGUUCUUCUACUUGUCUACAAUGUGACAGAGGAUCUUCUAGGCUAUGGCUGGUUCAAAGGAGAAAAAGUAGAAAACAGCCAACAAAUUGCAUCAUAUAUAGUAAGCUCUCAAGUAAAUGUACCAGGGCCUGCAUACAGCGGCCGAGAGACGAUAUACGCCAAUGGGUCUCUGCUGUUCCAGAAUGUCUUUCAGAACGACACAGGAUACUACACUAUAAUUGUUACAACGAAUCACUUUGACUCUAAAGCAGCAUCUGGACAACUCCGAGUAUUCCCGAAGUUACCCACACCUGUCGUCACCAGCAACAACCUCAACCCCCUGGAGCACGAAGACACGGUAGUGUUAACAUGUGAACCUGAGACUCAGAACACCACCUACAUGUGGUGGAUCAACAAUCGGAGCCUCCCUGACAGCACCAGGCUGGAACUGUCCGAGGACAACAGGACUCUCACUUUACUCCAUGUCACAAGGAAUGACACUGGACCUUAUGUGUGUGAAACCCAGAACCCAGUGAGUGCCGGCCGCAGUGACCCAUUCACCCUGAAUGUCCUCUGGCAAGAAAUCACCCCAGCUCUCAGCACGGGGGCCAUUGUUGGCAUCGUGGUUGGGAUCCUGGUUGCAGUGGUACUGGUGGCUGCCCUGGGGUGUUUCUAUUUCCUUGCAAGGAUUAAAAGCCAUAGUUGCCUGCAGAACAACAGAGUGCGCUGCCCCCCAGCGUCCACCCCUGGACAUGGUCCCUCUGGCAGCUCUGUCUCUCUGGCUUCCCAAUCUGACCCUAAGCCAGCUGUUCCCAUCUACCAGGAACUACUACACUCCGACAGAGACAUUUACUAUGGGCUCAAUCACAAAGCAGAUGUGGUUUCCUCAUCUCUUCCUAGAAAUGCUUCUUAAGGGCGGCAGGGAGGGACCCUGCUGAGACCCCAGACUCCAGGUAGGAUCAGGAGGUAGAGCCUAAGCCAGAUAACCAGCUCUGAGCCUGGAGGAUAUUUCGGGAACCUGGGCCCAGGGUCAGGGUCCCUCCUGGAAUUUGGAGACCCCACAGGCUGCCCUGAGCCCUGGAUGGACCAAGACUCAAUCUCCCAUCCCCCCCGGAAGUGGGUGCUUCCCAGGUUAGUGAGGAAGUUAGUGUUAGUGAGAAGUUAGUGGCCUGCAACCCACUGGGGCCCCCUGAGAGAUCUGAAUAAAGAGCUCCUUCUCAUUUGC